AUGAAGCAAUGGAUUUGGGGAAAGGUGAAUGAGCUGGGGGAGAAAGCGGUGGAUUCUGUCGUCAACAUAGUACUGUCGCGCAAUGACAAGACCAUUUCCGACUUCAAACAGGCGAACAUCACCUCUUCACUUGACGCUGCGGAGCCUGGCCCACGACUUGCGCUGGCGCACGUGGGACUGAUUGACUCGACGUUCCUAUGCCAUUCCCCGUCGACUGCAAAUGCGACCUCCCCUGUUGCAAGCCAUUCGGGCAGGGCGCCCAGGGAGCAGCGCGGCCAAAUCCACUUCGAUGGACUCGGUUCGAUACCGACGCACAUGUGCCGCUAUAGAGUAUCCCUGAGUUGCAAUGGCCGGGUGGCACGUUCGCCGUCGGCAGAGAUGACCGACUCUCGUGUUAACAGGGUGUGCUGGAACCACCAGGUGCUGAUGGAUAUAGACGACCUCUGGGUUGAUCUGAAUCUCGUUGUACAGGCUGAGAUAGACUUCAACCAAUUCAGCAAACAGCAGUCCAAGUACAACGGCUCGGGCACUUCGACCUCCUCCAAACGUUCCUCUGGUUCGCGCUCGUCCAGGAGUAGACACAUCACCCGCGGCAAGGCGGUGGAUACAGACACCGCGGAGACUCAGAGGAUAGAAUCGAUAUACGGCAAAACCAGAUAUAAACAGCGCAUCGGGCGUGCGUUGAUACCGCUGCCGCUGCUGCUGGACUCGUUACAGCUGCGUCGGACCACAUGUCUGGUGCAUGACCAAGAGUACACUGCGGUGGGACAGAGGGGGUCGUUUGCAACGUCUACCGCGGUCGAGCAUUCCUCAGAAUCCACUCCGGUCAGCGAGAGGGGUGCCUCUUUUGACGCAUCGCUGCGCGAGCAGGUAGCGCAUGGUGAUGGAACGCCGCGUGACCCCGUGUGGUCCACGGCAAGCUCGAUAUCGAACAGCGGGCAGUACGGCACUGAGACGCUCCAUGACGACCAGCCGACGUAUUACGAUGCAGAGCUGGAGGAAACGAGUGGCAGCGAGGAGGGCGGUAGCUCCGAGAUGCGUGGUUACAACUACGGGUUCAACGCAAACAGCUGGGAACAUGCUGAUGGGAACGCUGCGAUCAUCCGUGAACCAGCAGGUGACCCCACCGCCAGGUUGAAAGCCUACAGCAUCGGUGAAAGCUACGUCAAUACGAGCACUUUUGACGGCGCGGGAUACACCAGCGGGCGCAGCGCGAUGUCACCCCAUGCGUACGAUACAGCAGCUUGGGGCAACGGCUACAACGCAUCACCAGGACAUUUGGACCGUCGCUAUACUGAGGCGGGGGAUAUUGUGCGUCGUGAUCUCUCCACGGACUACACGCCCGAGCGCCGAGCUUCCGUUCCUACCGCUUUGCGAGGGAGCAAACAAAGCGGGGUGAAUGCAUCCAUGUCAAUGACACUAAAUCGGGAGUUUGAGAACUCCAGCUGGGAACCGGCAGAAAACGCGCUACGCACUGAUGUAUAUAGCUUCGGGGGCCCGGGUGAUACCGUGGAGUCGCAGCCCUUAUCCGCCGCUCCCACACGGCUUAUAACGAGCUCCGAGUAUGCGUACAGUGAGGUAGGAAGCCGGUCGUGGGACCGGCAGGGUUCCGGGUCAAAUGUAAGCGAGGAUGUUCUGAAGGAGUACCGCUACUUUGCUGAUGCGGAGAUGACUCUGCAGCUGAUGCCAUUCAACGAACACAAAUUCGAAGACAACAAAUUUGUACGGCCCAUUGAGGGGUACACCAGCUAUGGCAUGAAAUCGCCGACGCAACCACUUGGGUAUAUCAGGGUUAAAAUCCGUCUGUAUUUCAAGCGGCGACCGCAGUUAUUGGCCUUGCGCAACUGUUUGCGGCCGCCUAGGAUGUAUUGGCACGUGCCGCAAGAAUUCGAGAUGGUCCAUCUCAGCCUGAUCUUCAAGCGCCUUGCCUUUUUCAUCGACACGAAGCCGCGGUGGAUAGACUAUAUUCUCUUACCCAUGGAGCCAUACAAUCACAUCUGGUACGCUGUUAUCUUCUGGGUUAUAGUGUUUGAUCUGAUGGUUUUCGCGCCGUUACCCAGGGCGGUCGUCGAUCUGUACCUAAUGACUGGAGUGAUUUCGUGUUUCUAUUGGCGGUGCCUGAAACCGAUGCGCUACGAUUUGGGGGACCGGACUUUUGCGGCGAAAGGUGCGUCCGAUAGCAAAACAAAUGCUGGAAGGGCGCAUAGAAAGGCUAGUAGCUCGCUAUACCAUCUGGCAUACGACGACGUGAAGCAGCGCGGAGCGCAUGGUGAUGAGACAACAAGUGUGUCCAUGAGAGUGCGUGAGCUCCAUAACCCGCCUUCGUUUACAUCUACGUCUACUCACACGGAAUCGGCCAGCCAGCCGCUUGUACACCACCCCAAGCUGCACUCGAUUUGGAACUUGAGGGGUAUGGAGGAAUCAAGUUCUCGGUUGAUUACGCCGUUCGGCACGCGACAGCUGAGCCUCCAGCGGUAUCCUGGGGCACACCAGUGGGCUCUCUUCGCUGAUGACCUCAGUGACACCAACCUCGAAGAGCUUGUGAAGUUUGGCUUGAUGAUGUUGCAACGCGGACAGGUUAUAUUUGGCUAUAUCGUCCUGACUUUGGACAAGCUUAGGGCAUCGUUAAGUUGUACGGAUUCUUUGUCGUGUAUGAUGACGUGGGUGGCGAUUGGGCUGCUGUUUAUCCCGAUAUACGGGUUGGCCUACUUGGUCUGGUUGGUACCCCCAGUGAUGCGGCGCUUGGGGCUGUACUGCGCCGCAGCUGUUUAUUGUUGGACCUUCCACUCAUCUACAUCAUUCAAUGUGUGGGGGAUAAUACUGCGUGUGUUCGCUUGGAUUCGGUCGCGGCGCGUAUCCAAGUUCCUGGCACACUGGUACCUUCGCGCCCCGGAUUCGCGCGAAGUCGACCACCGUGCCAUCGCGACGCUACAGUUGACCAAGCAUUAA